AUGAAGCAACAAGCGUGCCAAGCGGUGGGGUUCACGUCGUCGGUGGUGGAGCUCGGAGCGGAGACUUCGCAAGACGCACUCUCGCGAAAGAUCAACCAGCACACCACCGACGCGUCUGUUGACGAGCACAUCAAUCCGCAAAUGGCCAUCGGUGCCAUUGGCGCGGCCAAGGACGUGGACGGGCUGCACCCUACGAACGUCGGCGCGUCUGUGCUGGGAUUUAAGGGCGGGUUCUUGCCGUGUACGCCGGCGGGCGUGUUGCAAGCGCUGCAGCGAAGCCGGAUCUCGCUCGAAGGACAGCACGUGGUGGUCGUGGGCCGCAGCAAACUGGUGGGCCUCCCGCUCGCCAACAUGCUCAUUGGAGGAAGGGACAGCGCAAAGGGAGGCCGGAAAGGACCGACGGUGACUGUCGUGCAUUCCGGCACGGUCGACAUUCACGUUCAUACGCGGAUGGCCGACAUCGUCAUCGUGGCGGCCGGCCAUGCGGGCUUGAUCACCGCUGACAGCGUCAAGCAGGGCGUCGUCCUCGUCGACGUGGGCAUCAACCACGUUCCCGACUCGUCGCGCAAGUCCGGCUACCGGUUGGUGGGCGACUGCACCGACGAGGCCUACCGGAAGGCCUCUCGCUACACGCCCGUGCCCGGCGGCAUCGGUCCCAUGACGGUGGCCAUGCUGAUGCGCAAUACCUGGGAGGCGGCCAAGAGGCACGACAUGUAG